AUGGCGGCGGCUGCGGCUGCCACUCGUUCACUGCAUUCCUUCCUUGCGCUUCUUCUCCUGUUGCCUGCGGCUGCGGCUGCAGCGUCGUCAUCGUACGAAACCAAGUCCAUAGAUCCUGGACUCGUCGUGAUGACGCUGCCGGAGCCGGUGUCCGGGCCGGAGAGUCUCGCCUUCGACGGGCGUGGCGGCGGCCCAUACUCCGGCGUCUCCGACGGCCGCAUCCUCCGGUGGCAAGGUCGCCUCCGAGGAUGGACCGAGUUCGCCUACAACUCCAAGCACAAGAGCGUGGCGUUGUGCUCGCCGGACAAGAAGCUGGUAGUGCCGGAGAGCCUGUGCGGGCGCCCGCUGGGCCUGCAGUUCCACCGGCAGUCCGGCGACCUUUACAUCGCCGACGCCUACCUUGGGCUGCUCAGGGUUGCCGCGCGCGGCGGGCUGGCGGAGGUCGUGGCGACGGAGGCCGGCGGCGAGCCGUUCAACUUCCUCAACGGGCUCGACGUUGACCAGCGGACCGGCGACGUCUACUUUACUGACAGCAGCACCACGUACAGGAGGAGCAUCUCAGAUAACCUCGUGGAAUACUAUCUCUGUCUGACAGUUAUAAUGAUCCCAGCGGGACCAACACUGAUGCCAACCUCAAAUUGCAAUGCAUGCAGCGACUACAUGCUGGUGGUGGCCCUGGGCGACGAGACGGGCCGCCUGCUGCGCUACGACCGCCGGACCCGCCGCGUCUCCGUGCUCCAGGCGGGCCUCUCCUACCCGAACGGCGUGGCGGUGAGCGCCGACGGCACGCACGUGGUGGUGGCACACACGGCGCUGGGCGAGCUGCGGAGGUACUGGGUCCGCGGCGCCCGGACCGACACGUCCGAGACAUUCGCGGAGCUGCCGGGGUACCCGGACAACCUGCGCGCCGACGGCCGCGGCGGGUACUGGGUGGCGCUGAGCAACGGCGUCGCGGUCGGCGGCGGCGAAGCGGCCGCCGCGGCACCCACGGUCGCCGUCAGGGUCUCCCGCGAGGGCAACGUGACGGAGGCGCUGGACGGGUUCAGCUUCGUGUCCGUGAGCGAGGUGGCCGAGCGGGGCGGCGCGCUCUGGGUCGGGUCCGUGGACACGCCGUACGCCGGCGAGCUGAAGCGGCGUACCAGCUAG